UAAUGUGAAAAAACCUCCAAGCAUCCUUUUUUAAUGCUAAAUCUGAUAAGCUAAUGUUUGACCAAAUUGUGUUGAACUAAAACUUAACCAGAAUUGUGAACUCAUAAAUCGACUGCAAAUAAAUCAAUAUUUUUGUUCUAAUACCCAGCUACACUGUUAAAUUCAUGCUCAUUUCUGGAAACUCAUUUGUAAAUAGUUAAAUGCACUUUUUACUACGUUUAUUUUUUGUGUUAUUAUGAGGCCUUGUCGCACAACCCUUCCAAGAUGCUUUAUUGAGAAAUCCAGCCCCUUUAGGAUGUCUUGAAGGAGCAGGCUUGAUUUGGUAGACAAAUAAUUAUGGAAAAACGACACUCUUGCGUGUAUGCUAAAUAUCUCGGCAAGCCCAGAGACUUUCCAUCAAUGUAAUUUGCCUUAAAGAAACGUCGCCAACAACAUCCCUGCCCUCCCAAAAAGUACACUCAGCAGACACGCCCCCUCCAAUCUAAUCUGGUCUCUGUGACGAAUGCUUUCACUCCCUUUACUGAUGCUGAUGAGCUCCUGACAGACAUGGAUGUUGUUAGUUUCCUGCUUCCAAGCUGAAGUUAAACUUUGGAGUCAGAAACUCUUUAGAACACAAAGCUAAGGAAGAGACGCCUUCCAAAUAGUAGAUGCUUUUUGGAACCAAAACUGCUGCUGUUGACAUUUGUCUAAAACCAAUUGGUUGUUGAGAGUAAGGAUGUGGACCAGAGCUUUCGUUUUUCUGAUUGCAACCAUUUACUCCUAUCAGGUUAUUUCAGGAGUAGAAAUCUUUGUAGCCGAGCUGACGGUGGAAAGUAACGUCACGUUGGAAGCCAGCACCAUCCUGUCAAGUUGGAGUGAAGGUUUAACGUUUUCACUCUCUGGACAAACAGUGACGCUGGGAAGCAGAGAAGUUACUGCAGAGUGCCUUGUAAUUGGCGAUGACUACAAUUGCAACUGCUCAAGCGGAUACGUGUGGAGCAAUGAAGCGUGCUACAGUUAUGACUGCUGCAGGAACACUGCUUGCUUAAAAAAUGUGUCUCUUGUGUCACCGCUCUGCAUCCCUGCAGUCAAUGUUAGUCUUAAUGGAACGGCAGUUCUGCCAGGUGCAGUGAGUGACGCUGAUAAGACUCAGCUCCAAAGUGCUUUGGGACAGCUCAAUGGUGUGAUAAACAUACCUAUACCUACAACAAGGUCUUCUUCAACAAUAGCCAACAAUAUUGUUGAUUUUUGGGCAAACGCUACUGUCAAGUUUAACACCACUAAACUUCAAGAGAUUGUGACUAAUAUGAAAACCAAUCUUAAAGCUGAUUAUAUUUUUGUUGAUACUCAUGGGAUGGUUACAAUUUCUGCCCCAGAUAAAACCGUGAAUUACAAGUCAAAUCAAAGCCUGAUUUGUGCGUUUGAUGAGAGCACGGACCACAGCGGCUGGAACCUGAGCAAACCCUUUGAGCGCUUUGAGCUCAACACUGGCAGACAGAUUAUGCUAGCGAAUUGUUUACCAUCAGAUUACCCAUCCUGUGUUAAUGUUACACUCCUAGGGGUGACGGGCAUCUUGGCAGGCACAUAUGAAUGUGGAUUCACAAAGGGUUCGGUCAGGCACACUGCCAGUGCAACACUGGAUGUGGCUCUCCUGCCGGAUGUCAUCUCCAUGGAAAUCAGCCCUCUCAUUGCAGACUGUACUGGUGAUAUUAAAAUUCCUGUAAAUAUUUCUGUUAAUGCCACCAUUCCACAAAGCACAGAGAAGUAUGCGUUUCAGUGGAAAAUCAAUGAUAAAGAUCUGACUACAUUCAGCGAACCAGUUUAUUUGGUCCAGCUGAAUCAGGUUGUGCGUGUAAACUGCUCGACAAAAGACAACCAUGUAACCAUCGUCUUUAAAAACAGAAACAACCAAACUACUGACAAAAAUAUAGACAUCCCAAUGCUAAGUGCUGGCCAACCCUUUUGCAAGCCGGAAGUAAGUGAUGAAGUGGCAUGGCCAAAAACCCCUCCAGGUGUGACUCUUGUCAAUAAUACAUGCCCAGUUGGCAGGGUUGGGCAAAAACAACGCACUUGUGGAAAUAGUAGUGUGUGGCUGAAUGUGCUGUCCAACUGUGUCAGUGAGGAGUUAAAAAAAGUUUCAACGGCAGCCGAUAACUUUCUUCAGGGAGUAGGCGCCACCCAGAAAGUGGCUAUGGACAUAUUUGAAGGGAUGAGGAACAACUCUGAACCAGCAAACGACUCGUCUAACAUUGCAGACAUCAUGGCCUCUGUGAAUAUAAUCGAUACAAUGGCCCAGGCGACACAAUACGUUCAAUUGGAUGAGAACGUCUUCCCUAAUUUUGUUACUUCAGCGAGCAACAUGCUGAAUUCAAACUGGACCGGAGUCAACGAUACUAUUCUUCACCAAAUGUCAUCAAAGUACAUCAAUUCUAUGGAGGUUUUGGUGAAAGAAAUCCAGAUCAAUAAGAGCAGCGGAUACAACACCACCAACCUAGAGCUCCAGUUCUGCUCAAGAGAUGACUGCAAUUUAACCGUCUUUGAUAUCGGUGUGAAUCUCAACAAAACUGACGGAUUGAUGAAAGUCAUGGCCAUAAAAAAUCUAAUGGACAAAUUGGAAAACAAUUAUGAAAAGAGAGAAUCCACCGACCUCAUCCUGUCAGCCACACUGGUGAACAACAGCAACUCCAACAUCAGCAUCUCCUUGUUGUUUCCUGUUCAGCAAGACAACAACAGUGACCCUUUGUGUGUUUUCUGGAACACAAAUUUGAAUAAGUGGUCAGAUGAAGGUUGUAUAGCAAACAAGACGGGCAACUACACACUUUGUGAGUGCACCCACCUGACUUCGUUCUCCGUCCUGAUGUCCAAGUCUGACACAUCAGAGCCUGCCUUGGACAUUAUUACCAGUAUAGGAGUUGCAGUUUCCAUUUGCUGCCUGGUCCUCUUCCUUAUCGUUGAGUGGAUGGUGUGGUCAGCUGUCAUCAAGACUCACCUGUCCCAUUUCCGUCACACAGCUGUGGUGAACAUAUCCGUGUUCCUCCUGCUUGGUGAUUGCAGCUUUUUGGCCUCUUCUAAUCCCGCCAACCUCUCUGAAACCACGUGCCUUACUCUCACUUUGUGUAAACAUCUAUUCUUCUUAGGCAUGUUUGCCUGGAUGUUGUGUCUUAGUAUCCUGCUUGUCCACCAGCUUAUUUUUGUUUUUAGUCCUCUUAGAAAGAGGGUUUUCAUGUAUCUUUCUAGCAUUCUUGGCUAUCUGUGCCCAAUGGUUCUUGUAGGCUGCAGCUAUGUCUACUACAAUUACACAGGAACGAAAUACCACAAUGAAAAAACCUGCUGGCUGAUCUAUGAGGGCCUCUUGAAGGGCUCCAUUUACUCCUUUAUCCUCCCAGUGGGAACCAUUGUAUUGGCAAACAUUUUUUCUAUGGUGGUUGUCAUUGUUACUUUGGUGAAAACUUCAGUGCCUGACAGCAGCAAAGCAGAUGACAAGGAGACGGCAAAGGGCAUCCUCAAAGUGGUGGUCUUUCUGACGCCUGUCUUUGGAGCAACAUGGGGUUUCGGCUUCGCACUUCUGAUGCUGGAACCAGACACCAUUUUGUUUACAAUUUCUAAUUACCUUUUUACCAUCUUCAACGCCUUCCAGGGGCUUUUCAUUUUUCUAGUGGGGUGCUUUGGAGAGCAAAAGGUCAGAGAGGAAAUGCUGAGGAUCCUAAAGGUAAAAUCUGGACAGAGUGACAGUUUAAGUAAAUCCAUUUCAACUGCUGUCACAAAAACCAAAUGAAGACAACAGAGACCGAAUCAUCAACACUCAGAAAAUAACACUCAUUCCAUUGUGAUCCUGUUUCUAAUAUGUAGAUUGUGGUUUUAAAAACAGUGAGGAACUUUAAUUUAAGAUUAAUGAAUAGAACAAUAUUGUUGAUGGAGUUGAUGUUACCAUGUUCAUAUACUAUUUGUGAGUCCAAGUCAUACAAUUCUGGCUUUUACAAGUUAUAGGGAAAAUUCUGUAUGUUUGUGUUGUUUAAUAUGAAAAGGUUAUUUAGGUCUGUAUUUAAUUUAAAUAUGUAGUGAAUUAAAGUCAUGUAGACAAAUGUUCAGUAGACUACAUGCAAUGACUUUUGCUAUGACAAAUAAAACAGAGUUAUUGUUGUUUUAAUGGUUUUAAUUUAUUCAAGUGUACAUGCUUAAAA